AUGUCGGAUGUGUCGAACUCCUUCUCAGCUUGGGAGACCCUGCCGGAGGAAGAACCUCCGUUGUGCAUCGCAGAUAGGGUGACAUCUCAUGUCCAGGAGCGGAUCGAUGCGGUUAAAAUAGCGCAGCAGAUCGCAACCUUUAAUGGUUACAUUGCUGAUGUACCUCGUAGGCCAGCAGUUGCCAACGCCUUAGAAUGGACGCUCAAGUACUUCCCUAGCAAAGCAUGCUUCAGCAUGGCUCACCAGGCACCUCACACCUCCGAUAGGCGACUCCUCUGGCGAUUCCGUCCCACAAAGACACCAUUAUGA